GUCCCUGAGCAGCUUUGGAGCCGGAGAACUUGCCGAAUGUACAGAACAACUGGAGCUGCUUCCUGGGGAGGACAUCAACCUGCUUAUUGGAGGGGCCAAAGAAAAAAUAGAUAUGAAGAAGCUCCUUCCAAACGUGUUGUCUCCCGAUCCCAGAGAACUUCAGAAAGCCAUUGAGGUUCAGCUGUUGAGGAGCUCCGUCUGUUUGGCCACAGCCGUAGGCUACCUCGACCAGGACCAGAAAUGGCAGCCCAUGACAGAGAACUUGACCAAGUAUUUGAAGCAGACGUCCCGCAUUGCUCUUGGGCCUUUGCGACUGUCCACCUUGACCAUUUCUCAAUCUUUGCCCGUCCUCAGCACUCUCCAGCUGUACUGUUCGUCUGCUUUGGAAAACACGGUCUCCAGCCGGCUGUCCUCCGAGGAUUGCCUCAUUCCCUUGUUCAGCGAAGCCUUGCGUUCAUGUAAGCAACAUGAUGUAAGGCCAUGGAUGCACGCUUUAAGAUACACCAUGUUCCAAAAUCAGUUGCUGGAGAAGCUGAAAGGGCAGAGUGUUCCUGUGAAAAGCCAUUUGAUGGAACUGGGGCUGACGGCUGCAAAAUUUGCGAGGAAACGUGGGAACGUGGCCCUGGCGACGCGGCUGCUUGCUCAGUGUAGCGAAAUCCAGCUAGGGAAAACCACCACAGCCCAGGAUUUAGUCCACCACUUUAAGAAGCAGCCGGCACCGAUUCAGAUGGACGAAAAAUGGGGUCCUGAGCUUGAAAUAGAAAAGACCAAAUUGUUGUACACAGCUGGCCAGUCCACUCACGCCAUGGAGAUGCUGAGCUCCUGCGCCAUCUGCUUCUGCAAAUCUGCCAAAGCUGAAAGUGCUGUGGCCAAGUCCAUCCUGACCUUAGCCAAAUGGAUCCAAGCCGAGUGGAAGGAAAUCUCAGGACAGUUGAAACAAGUGUACCGAGCCCGACAGCAGCAAAAUCUCACGGGCCUCUCCAUGCUGUCCAGAAACAUCUACACCUUGAUUGAUCUGCCAUCCGUUAACUCCAUGGAGGAAGAAUAUCCGAGGAUCGAAAGUGAAUCCACAGUCAACAUUGGUGUUGGAGAACCUGAUUUCAUUUUGGGGCAGCUGUACCGUCUCUCUUCAGCCCAGGCUCCCGAAGUAGCGAAAUCAUGGGCCGCUCUAGCUAGCUGGGCCUACAGAUGGGGCCGAAAGGUGGUUGACAAUGCCAGUCAAGGAGGUGUGCGCUUGCUGCCAAGAGAGACAUCAGAAGUUCAAAACCUGCUUCCAGAAAAUAUUACAGAAGAUGACAGAGAGAAAAUCUACAACAUUCUUGGACAGGCAGUCUGCCGGCCUGCUGGGAUUCAGGAUGAGGAUAUAACCCUUCAGAUUGCAGAGAAUGAAGACAACGAGGAAGACGAUAUGGUGGAUGUGAUCUGGCGCCAGUUGUUGAGCAGUUGUCCCUGGCUCUUGGACCUGGAAGAGAACUCAACCGAGGGUCUCAUCAAAGUGUGGAGGAAAGUUGUAGACAGGAUCUUCAGCCUUUAUAAGCUUUCCUGUAGUGCCUAUUUUACUUUCCUGAAACUUAAUGCUGGCCAGGUUCCUCUUGAUGAAGACGAUCCCAGAUUGCACCUCAGGAAUAUUUCAGAACAGAGCACUGAUGAUGUCAUCGUAAUGGCCACCUUGAGGUUGUUAAGGCUGCUUGUGAAACACGCCGGGGAACUGAGGCAGUAUCUCGAGCAUGGACUGGAAACGACUCCUACAGCUCCAUGGCGGGGCAUAAUUCCUCAACUCUUCUCACGUCUAAAUCACCCAGAAGUGUAUGUUCGACAGAGCAUUUGCAACCUCCUCUGCCGAGUAGCACAAGAUUCUCCUCACCUCAUCCUGUACCCUGCAAUUGUUGGCACUAUUUCUCUGAGCAGCGAAUCUCAAGCCUCAGGGAGCAAAUUCCCCUCAGCAAUCCCUACCUUCUUGGGCAACAUUCAAGGGGAAGAACUGCUGGGCAGUGAGUGUGAUGGGGCCAGCCCUCCGGCUUCUCAAGAGAGCCUCAAGGAGGAGGCCAAACUGGGCUUAAAUGAAGACCAGGCAAUGAUGCAAGACUGCUACAGCAAAAUUGUUGAGAAGCUGUCAGCUGCAAAUCCAACAAUGGUGUUACAGGUUCAAAUGCUUGUAGCCGAGCUGCGCCGAGUCACCGUUCUCUGGGACGAACUUUGGCUGGGUGUCCUUUUGCAGCAACACAUGUAUGUCCUCAGGCGGAUUCAGCAACUGGAAGAUGAAGUAAAGAGAGUCCAGAAUAACAACACCUUACGCAAGCCUGGAAGACUUGCAUCUGGACGAACGGAUCAUGCAGUUCCUGUCAAUCGUCAACACCAUGUUUGCUACCAUCAAUCGCCAAGAGACGCCGCGUUUCCAUGCCAGGCAUUACUCGGUGACUCCCCUGGGAACCAGGUCGGGCCUGAUUCAGUGGGUGGAUGGAGCCACGCCUUUGUUUGGGCUCUACAAGAGGUGGCAGCAGCGGGAGGCGGCCUUGCAAGCCCAGAAGGAUUCCUACCAGGCCCCACAGAACCCAGGGAUCGUACCCAGACCCAGCGAACUCUACUACAGCAAAAUUGGACCAGCCUUGAAAGCAGUUGGACUUAGUCUGGAUGUCUCCCGUCGAGACUGGCCCCUGAAUGUCAUGAAGUCCGUUUUGGAAGAAUUAAUGGAAGCCACACCCCCGAGUCUUCUAGCUAAAGAGCUUUGGUCGUCAUGUGCCACACCUGACGAAUGGUGGAGAGUGACCCAGGUCCUGCACAUCAUGCGCCGAGGACGGGAAACCCUGCUGACGUUACUCGAAGCUUUUGUCUAUGACCCGCUCGUCGACUGGACCGCAGGUGGCGAAGCCGGGUUUGCCGGAGCUGUGUACGGCGGCGGGGGGCAGCAAGCAGAAAACAAACAGAGCAAAAGAGAAAUGGAGAGGGACAUUACCCGCAGCCUCUUCUCCUCGAGAGUUGCAGAAAUAAAGGUCAACUGGUUUAAAAACAGAGAUGAAAUGCUGACUGUAAUUCCUAAACUGGAUAGCAGUUUAGGGGAAUAUUUACAUUUGCAAGAGCAGCUGACAGAUAUUGAAAAAUUACAAGGCAAACUAUUAGAAGAGAGUGAUUAUCUGGAAAGUGCCGAAGGAGUUGAGCAUCCUUCUCACACACUGCAGCACAGAUAUUCUGAGCAUACACAGCUGCAGUCUCAGCAGAGAGCCGUGCAGGAAGCAGUCCAGGUGAAACUGAAUGAAUUUGAGCAGUGGAUCUCACACUACCAAGCUGCUUUUAGUAAUCUGGAAGCUACUCAACUUGCAAGCCUGCUUCAGGAGAUCAGCACUCAGAUGGAUCUUGGUCCUCCAAGCUAUGUGCCUGCCACCGCCUUCCUUCAGAACGCAGGUCAGGCUCACUUGAUCAGCCAGUGUGAACAACUAGAAGGAGAGGUUGGUGCUUUUCUCCAGCAGAGGCGCUCGGUUCUACGUGGCUGCCUGGAACAGCUGCACAACUACGCCACCGUUGCGCUACAGUAUCCUAAAACAGUGUUCCAGAAGCACCGUGUCGAGCAAUGGAAGGUCUGGAUGGAAGACCUCAUUGUUAACAUGACCAUCGACCAUUGCCAGGAUCUCUAUCGGAACUAAACAAGAUGGAAAUUCCUGCCGCCUGGCGCAAGAUUGAUAUAAUCAGGGAAGCCCGCAGCACUCAAACAAACUUUUUUGAUGACGAGAACAACCGGCAAGUCUUAGAAGAGAUUUUCUUUUUGAAAAGGCUACAGACAAUAAAGGAGUUUUUCAAACUCUGUGGCACUUUUUCUAAGACUCUUUCAGGUAUCAAUUCCAUGGAAGAUCAAACCACUGUGAAUGGACCGGUGCCCAUCGUCAACGUGAAGACCUUGUAUCGGAAUUCUUGCUUUAGCGAAGACCAGAUGGCCAAGCCAAUCAAAGCUUUCACCGCUGACUUCGUCCGCCAGCUUUUAAUCGGCCUGCCCAAUCAGGCUCUGGGACUCACCCUGUGCAGCUUCAUCAGCGCUCUGGGGGUGGACAUCAUCGCUCAAGUCGAAGCCAAGGACUUCGGAGCCGAAAGCAAAGUCUCGGUGGACGAUCUGUGCAAGAAAGCCGUGGAGCACAACAUCCAGAUCGGCAAGUACUCCCAGCUGGUGAUGAACCGAGCCACCGUACUGGCCAGUUCGUAUGACACGGCGUGGAAGAAGCACGACCUGGUCAGGAGGCUGGAGACCAGCAUCUCUUCAUGCAAGACCAGUCUCCAGAGGGUGCAGCUGCACAUUGCCAUGUUCCAGUGGCAACAUGAGGAUCUCCUUCUCAACCGCCCACAAGCCAUGACGGUCACUCCUCCGCCUCGUUCUGCCAUUUUGGCUAGCAUGAAAAAGAAACUUCACACACUGGGACAGAUUGAAGCUUCCAUUGUAGCAGUUCAGGAAAAACUGGCCGCCCUUGAAGCAAGCAUCGAGCAGCGUUUGAAAUGGGCCGGGGGAGCCAAUCCAGCAUUAGCCCCAGUUCUGCAGGAUUUCGAUGCCACCAUUGCCGAAAGAAGAAACCUUGUUCUGAAAGAAAGUCAACGAGCCAACCAGGUUACUUUCCUCUGUAGUAACAUCAUCCAUUUCGAAAGCUUGCGUACCAGAACAGCAGAAGCCUUAAACCUUGAUGCUGCGUUGUUUGAACUUAUCAAACGUUGCCAACAAAUGUGCUCCUUUGCAUCCCAGUUUAAUAGCACCGUUUCUGAUCUGGAGCUUCGAUUGCUUCACAGAGUGGGAACCAAUCAUGACCAUCCCAUUGGUAGCUCUGAAUGGCUUGUCAUAGCUCACAAGCAGCUGACCCAGGACACGUCGGCUCAGAGGACGGCACAGGCUGAGAAAGAACAGCAUAUAGACACCGUGUGUGAAACCAUUCAAAAUCUGGUUGAUAGUAUUAAAACUGUGCUCACUGGGCACAAUCGACAACUUGGGGAUGUCAAACAUCUGCUGAAAGCCAUGGCUAAGGAUGAAGAAGCUGCCCUGGCUGAUGGCGAAGAUGUUCCUUAUGAGAACAGUGUUAGACAAUUCUUGGGAGAGUAUAAAUUAUGGCAAGACAAUAUUCAGACUGUUCUGUUUACGCUAGUUCAGGCUAUGGGUCAGGUGCGCAGUCAGGAACAUAUUGAAAUGCUGCAAGAAAUUACACCCACUCUGAAAGAGCUGAGAACUCAGAGCCAGAGUGUCUACAAUAAUCUAGUGAGUUUUGCAUCGCCCUUAAUCACGGAUACGCCGAAUGAAUGCUCCAGCCCGACGUCUGUUGCUGUGUGCCAGCCAACAUUUGCCGCAGCGGUCCGUAGCAAUACGGGACAGAAAACUCAGCCAGAGAUCAUGUCGCAGAAUACAAGGAAACUAAUUCAGAAAAACUUGGCGCCAUCGGCAGAUACUCCUCCAGGCACAAUUGCAGGAGCUGGAAAGAGUGUUAUCUCUAGCCCUAAAAAGGCCAUCAGAGACCCUAAAACAGGCAAAGCUGUGCAAGAGCGGAAUUCGUAUGCUGUAAGUGUGUGGAAACGUGUCAAGGCCAAGUUGGAAGGCCGGGAUUUGGAUCCCAACAGGAGAAUGUCUGUUGCUGAACAGGUUGACUAUGUGAUUAAGGAAGCCACUAAUCUAGAUAACUUGGCUCAGCUGUAUGAAGGUUGGACAGCCUGGGUAUGAAACCGGAAGAGAUCGGGUCAGUUUGGUUCAGCGAGGCGAGCGGCAUCCAUCAGAAUCAACCGGGCCUCAGGCAUCCAUAAGCAGCAGCACCACAGCUGGUGGUAACGCCUUUCUGGGGCUUACUGUGAGGAGACCUCAGCAAUCUCGGUGCACUGGGAACGUCAGCCCUGCAGAGUAGCUGCACUCAGGGAUAUGCUAAACACAAUGGCCUGGAACCCCCACCCCCCUCCUCUCUCUCUCCCCCCCCUCCUCCCCUCCCUCCAGGGUCAAAGAGUGUGGAAGCUCAUCGCCUGAACACGCAGGGCCGUCUUUCUGCUCCAGAAGAACUGCAAAAGGUGUCCAGGGUUUUGGGGAGGGACUAGCUGCAGAAAGGGAAUUUGGGAAAACGCUACAAACCGCAGAGUGAUUUGGGACUUUGGUUCCACCUGACCCUGUGAACAAUGCAGGAAAAAAAACACGACGAUGACGACAACAAGUGUGCAACCCCCCCCCCCUCUUCCCCUCCAACCCGUGGGGGGGGGAAUAAAAAUAAAGAGGAAGGAGGGCAGGGCGUGAAGAAACUGCAGCAAAGGAAGAUUUGAGAGAUUUGAGUUCCUUGUCGCUCUUAGUUGCUCAGCAACGGUGCCGGUUGAGUUCGACCAGUUGGUGCAAAACGAAUAAAUAAAUAAAAUAAAAGGAAAAAAAAAAGGAGGAAAAAAAAACAGCUACACGAGAUGAACUUCAGAAAUAGACUGAAAUGCAAAAAAAAUAAAAUAAAAAAAAUAGCUGUACAUCAGCCGUAUUGGAAGAGCCCUCUGAGAAGAGAGCCUUUUUGACUUUUUUUCUUUUUUUUUUGGUCUUUUUUCAAGUCCCCCCCUCCCCCCGGUUUCUUCUCUUUAACUUAGUUCGGUUUUUUUUUUCUUCUUUUUCCAGAGAAGUUGUUGAUUUUCAAAUCCUUGGUAUUUCAUUUUUCAGUCAAAGGGAUCUUUUUGUGUGUGUGUGCGUGAUUUUUUUUUUGAUUUGGGGUGAGCCAAUUUUUCAAAAAAAAAAAAAAGCACAGGGAAUGCUGAACAUUUAAAAGCCAUUGCCUUCUGGAUGGGCUGAUCCAAUGCCAUUUUUUGGGGGUUGGUUUUUUAAAGCGAGGGUUUUUUUUUCUCCUGCUUUCCUUUUUGGUGAUCCUAUCAUGUACAGUCCCCCCGUCCCCGUCCCCCCUCCUGGAUUCGCUGUGCAUUUCAAAUAAUACACUGAACAGGCAUCCUAUGGUCCCCAUCUGCUCCUCUUCCUGCUUGCAGUGCGUAACUCCUUUGUUUAAUUCAAUCCUUGGCCUGCCUACCAAGCUCAUUCUGUUGUGAUUUGCUGUAGUUUCUUUUGUAAACGUAGCUACUUUGAUGUAACUUUUACCUUUUGCAACGAGGAAGGGGAAAAGGAAAAAAAAAACCAACUACAAUAUCUUAAGUAGCCUUUUAUGUUGUUGAUGACAGAAAAAAAAAUCAAUAAAAGUGAAGUUUUAGUGGAGGUAGUUUUAUGCUGAUUCACUUCGAAUUUUUGAUUUACACACGAAUGUAGAUUGUUUUUGGUUCGAUCUGGGGAAUUUAAAGGCAGACGUAUAAACUGGACUUUGGGGGGGGGAGCGGUUUCUUUUGUUCAGAUAAAAUCAUAUAAAGAUUUUUGUGUGCCGUUAUUUUUCCAUAUAAGACUUCCAAGAGGUGGUGUUCUGUAUAAUAAAUUUUCAUAGUGGAUUUCCCCCCACCCCACCCCAAGCUGUUUUCCUAAAUCUACCGUGCACUUUUGAAUGGUGGUAUGUGAGAGAAGUUGCUUAUUUUUAAAAAGGCACUUUAAACCGGUCUGUCUCCAUACAUCUUCAGUGUUUUGCUUGGCUGUGAAAUAAAAAAAAAUUCGUUACUCAUGAGCUGGUUUUUAGUGUUGCCUAAAGGAAAAAAGAAUCGGGUUGCUUCCUGAUUCACUUAUUGGUGGUGUCCGUGGACUUGACACCUGAAGGGCUCACACCCUUCCUUCCCACCCCCUCAACCUCUGUAUGUGAACUUAAUCUAAUUUGAAAGAAUAAAUCAAGAUUCUGCACAUGGUGUCUGUAGUAUUUUGAAGAUUUAAAAAAAGCUUUUCAAGGGAGGAAAUAUUCCUAUUCCUCAAAGGUGAUGCUUAAGCCUCUCUUUUAAAAAUAGCCUAGGACAUAAAUAAGGAGGUUUUUUUUUUAAAAAGAUCACUACCAGUAUUUUAUAAUAUAGAAAAUCUUUUGGCUUCGUUAGGGCUAUCUGAUACAAGAAUUGACUUGAUGCUGUUAUGGAGAAAAAAAACCUUUCAACCUCCUCAAAAUGUCUUGAUUGAAGAUUGACUUGAUGCUGUUAUCUAUUUUUCAUAUAGGCUUUUUGUCUGUCUUUCCUUUUUUUUCUUUUUCUUUUUGGUAACUUGCCUUGAGUUGUUGUGUGCACUGCCAACGUAUUUGCUAAUGCUUGUGAGUAAAUGUAUUUGGAUCUGAUACUCUUAACCCCUUUGCCACGUUGUGUAAAAAUGAAAAGACGACUGCAUUUCUCUUAAAAAGCCGAGUCGGAAUUCAUCCAGCUGGUGACUACACUCUUGUCGUCCUUCCCAGCAUGAAGCAUCAUUAACCAGCAGUCUGCGUAUGGACAACAGUUGGGAUAAGAGAAUUACAUAUUUUAUUUCUUGGAAGCUGUGAGUGGAACAGGCCACUUACAACCGUAUUUCAUGUAUGCUUAUACUUUUGUUAAAAAACGAAACUUGUACCGAAUGGGAUCUUUACUGCAUAAUGUAAUAAAACUUAAAAAAAAAAAACCUUAACUGUA